AUGCCCAUUUUAUUCAACUUGACACGCGAGCUUUGUUUGGAAGCAGAUGGUGAGAGAGAACCGAUCUGUCAUCCGCGGUGUCUGAUUUUGGCUCCGACAAGAGAACUAGCUAUGCAGAUUUAUCGCUUGUGCUAUAAACUAACAAAGGAUAAGCAAGUGGAGGAAAUGAUUGCCUCCCAAGCGAAUGUUGUGAUUUCGACUCCAGGAAGAACCCUUGAUCUUCUCAACCUCCACCAAUCCGACACCGACACGGAGUCAGGUCAUCAACAUAUCCUCCUCCGAUCAGAGCCAUUCGCUCCUUCACAACAGUUAGGGUUUAAGGAACAACUGAAUCUCAUGCUGGGCUCGUUCCCAUCCUCGCAAUCGCUUCAAGUGGUCUGCUGCAGCGCGACAUUCACCGAGAAAGCAGGAUCCGAUUCAUUGAAUCACCCGCAGAUUCGCGCGUCAGUCGAAACGUGGUGUCCAGAUCGCUACGACGUGGAGAUUCCGAACAACUCCAUCAUCGUCAACAACACGAGCGAAGUCUCCAUCAACCCGCUGAUCACACAAGACAUCCACGUGUGCAGCGAGCACAAAAAGAUCCGGAAGCUGAUGGAUUUCAUCCGAUUUGUGCAGGAGCAGGACGAGAAAACGCAGGUCCGGCAGAAGAGCAUCGCGUUGAUCUUCGUGAAUAAAAUGAAAACGGGAGAGUUCUUGCUGGACUGGAUUCACAAGAACUGGGAGAAAGGACCGUCGGGGAAGCAGAAGCAAGGCCGAGCAAAGCCGAGCAAAGAGGGCGAGGCUCCGGAAGAAGUAAAGCGGCUUCGGAUAGAUUUUUUAAACAGCCAAAUGACGCAGCCAUAUCCUCCUAUGUUUAUUUGA